UCAGAGCGGGACUCGGCCGACUGUGACUCGUGGACAGCGACAAGUGGACUCUCUCAUCUCGUCCUCCAUUACACAACAACCACCACAACAACAACAGCAGCAUAGCUUGAUACUAGCCUCAAGUCUCUUCCUUAACAGCAACAGCAGCAAGACGAACCGCCACGCUCCACGAGACACGGCAGCUGCUCUUUACAGAAGGCGACAACACCCAGCCGAGUGACCCGGGUGCUGGCUUGAGACUUGUGGAACCCAGAGGAGGAGGGGGAAGAGUAGGCAGAGGGGAGGGAGCGAUGGCGCUUCUGCUCCGCAUCAGCUUCCUCACGUGUGAUGGCUGUCGCAUGUCUCGCCCGGAGGCCUCCUCGACCCAGCAGUACUGCGCCGUCAACAUCCGCCAGGCCGUGCCCAAUGAGCGGGGCGGCGUCACCUACAUCCAGAACAAGCCCACCAUGUACCCUCGCUGGGAGACCAAGUUCAACACCCUCCUGCACGACGAGCACCUGCUGCAGGUGAUCGUGAUGAGCGCGGCAGGGCGGCCGAUUUCCGACACCGAGGUGCCGCUCCAGUCGCUGGUGCAAAAAUGCCGGAACUCCGCCGAGGGCAUCGCGGAAUUCUGGCUGGACUUGAAGCCCCAGGGCCGCGUCCUCACAACCGUGCAGUGCUUACAGGACAGUGAAGAUGAAAGCGCGCGAGCAGAGGCCCGCGGGCCGCUCAAGAAGCGCCGCGGCGCCAUCAAGCAGGCCAAGGUGCACCACGUCAAGGGCCACCAAUUCACCGCCACCUUCUUCCCACAGCCCACGUUCUGCUCGGUCUGCAAGGAGUUUGUGUGGGGCCUCAACAAGCAAGGCUACCAGUGCCGAGAAUGCAAUGCAGCGAUUCACAAGCGCUGCAUCGACAUUGUACUGGCGAACUGCACGGGCUCAGCGGAGAACAGCAGCGAAACUCAGAUCAUGAAGGAGCGCUUCAAGCUGGAUGUCCCCCACCGCUUCCGCGUAAACUCCUACAUGAGCCCCACGUUCUGUGACCACUGCGGCACGCUGCUGUGGGGCCUGGCUCGCCAGGGCCUGAAGUGCGACGAGUGUGCCAUGAAUAUCCACCACAAGUGCAAGGGCAAGGUCGCAAAUCUGUGCGGCAUCAACCAAAAGCUCAUGGCAGAGGCCCUCGCUCAGAUAGAAGCUCAGCAACAGGUGCGGAAAGAGCGGAACAGCGUGUGCCUGGGGCCUAGUGGGGUAGAGGCUGAUGCUGGUGGUGGUGAUGCUGCUGCAUUCGCUGGGCCCUGCCCCUCAGCUCCCCUGCUGGCGGAACUCCCCGGAGCCUCCGAUUUCGACCGCUCGCAGGUUUCCUGGGAGGGCCCCAUCGUGGGCCCCCAUGGCAGCCGCCAACCCCAGCCACGGCAACAGCCUCCUGGCAGCCGGGGGUCAGGGAGCCUCCAUGGUCCCCCGCGCCUGUCCCCCUCGGACUUCUCCUUCAUCAAGGUGCUGGGCAAGGGCAGCUUCGGAAAGGUGAUGCUGGCGGAGAUGAAGGGCCCGCGGAGCCCGGCUGCCGCAUACUUCGCCGUCAAGGUCCUCAAGAAGGACGUGGUGCUGAUGGACGAUGACGUGGAGUGCACCAUGAUCGAGAAGAGGGUGCUGGCCCUGGCCUGGGAGCACCCCUUCCUCACCCACUUGUGUGGCACCUUCCAGACCAAGGAGCACCUGUUCUUCGUCAUGGAGUACCUCAACGGCGGAGACCUCAUGUUCCACAUCCAGGAGAAGGGGCGCUUUGACCUGCCCCGAGCCACAUUCUAUUCUGCUGAAAUCAUCUGUGGCCUUCAGUUCCUCCACUCCAAAGGCAUAAUCUACAGAGACCUGAAGCUGGAUAACAUCCUGCUGGACCGCGACGGCCACGUGAAGAUCGCCGACUUUGGGAUGUGCAAAGAGAAUGUGAGCGCCGAGACGCUCGCCUCCACCUUCUGCGGCACGCCCGACUACAUCGCGCCCGAGAUCCUACUGGGUCACCCAUACGGGCGCUCGGUGGACUGGUGGGCCCUGGGGGUGCUGCUCUACGAGAUGCUGGUGGGGCAGUCGCCCUUCUACGGCACCGACGAGGAGCAGCUGUUCGAGGCGAUCCGUGUGCACACGCCGCACUACCCUCGCUGGCUCAGCGAGCCCUCCCGAGAUAUCCUCACGCAGCUGUUUGAAAGGGACCACUCUAAGCGGCUCGGGGUGGUGGGGUCCAUAAGGAUGCACGUGUUCUUCAAAACCAUCGAUUGGCAGGCGCUGGAGAUGCGUCAGGUCAUCCCUCCCUUCCGACCCAAAGUGAGAUCGGCCAACGACUGCAGCAACUUCGACCAGGAGUUCCUGAGCGAGAAGCCGCGUCUGUCCUUUGGCAACAAGGAGCUCAUCAGCUCCAUGGACCAGUCGGUGUUCCAUGGAUUCUCCUUCACCAGCCCCAUGGUGGAGAUGCUGGGGGAGAAAUGACAUCGCCAACCUGGUCGCUCGUGAGCAUGCCAGGGCCGACAGGGGUUGGUGGAUGGGGGGCGGGGGUGUUAAGACGAUGGCAACGAUGGUAGUGAUGAUAGUGAUGACUAUGGUGGCGCGACAAUGGUGGUGACGAUGGUGAUGGCGGUGGUGACGAUGGUGAUGAUGGUGGUGACGAUGGUGGUGAUGAUAGUGAUGACGAUGGUGGCGACGAUGGUGGUGACGAUGGUGAUGGCGGUGGUGACGAUGGUGAUGAUGGUGGUGACGAUGGUGGUGAUGAUGGGGUUGACGAUGGUGAUGAUGGUGGUGACGAUGGUGGUGAUGACGAUGGUGAUGAUGGUGGUGACGAUGGUGGUGAUGAUGGGGUUGACGAUGGUGAUGAUGGUGGUGACGAUGGUGGUGAUGAUGGUGGUGAUGGUGGUGGUGACGAUGGUGGUGAUGAUGGUGGUGAUGGUGGUGGUGACGAUGGUGGUGAUGGUGGUGGCGAUGGUGGUGGCAAUGGUGAUGAUGAUGGUGGAGACGGUGGUGACGAUGGUGGCGUCGCGUGCAUGUGACUCAAUCCAUAACCGGCGCUCACAAUCACUCACUAACUCACUUAGACACCCACUCACUGACUUACUCCAUAACUAACUCUCUCAAUCACCCAUUCAUUCAUCCACCUACUGACUGAAAACCCUUCAUAACCGUCUCACUCAAUCACUCAAUCAUUCAUCAACUCACUCAGUCACCCGACCAACCUGCUCACUCAAUCAGCCACUCACUCAGUCACCCACACAGUUACUCACCCAGCUACUCACUCACGAAACAGACUAGCCACUGACUCACCCACCCACUCACAGUCUAUGGGGUCUGCGUGCUAGUCUAUGGGGUCUCCAUGCUAGUCUAUGGGGUCUGCGUGCUCGUCUAUGGGGUCUCCGUGCUCGUCUAUGGGGUCUGCGUGCUAAUCUAUGGGGUCUUCAUGCUACUCUAUGGUGAAUCCGUGGUAGUCUAUGGGGUCUCCAUGCUAAUCUAUGGGGUCUCCGUGCUAGUCUAUGGGGAAUCCGUGCUACUCUAUUGGGUCUUCGUGCUAGUCUAUGGGGUCUCCAUGCUAGUCUAUGGGGAAUCCGUGCUAGUCUAUGGGGAAUCCGUGCUAAUCUAUGGGGUCUGCGUGCUAGUCUAUGGGGUCUCUGUGCUAGUCUAUGGGGUCUGCUUGCUAGUCUAUGGGGUCUGCGUGCUAGUCUAUGGGCUCUAUGCUAGUCUAUGGGGUCUCUGUGCUCGUCUUUGGGGUCUCCAUGCUAGUCUAUGGGGUAUCCAUGCUAGUCUAUGGGGUCUCCAUGCUAAUCUAUGGGGUCUGCGUGCUAGUUUAUGGGGUCUGCGUGCUAAUCUAUGGGGUCUGCGUGGUAGUGUAUGGGGUCU